GGUUCUGAGGAGGGUCACUCCCUCAUUGCCACCAGAAGAGUCCACUUCUCAGUGACUCCUGGCUGGGAACUGGAUGCAUUAGAGGGUAGCUAGUCAAUAUGAUUCUUCUUGCUGUGCUUUUUCUCUGCUUCAUUUCCUCAUAUUCAGCCUCUGUUAAAGGUCACACAACCGGUCUCUCAUUAAAUAAUGACCGUCUGUACAAACUCACAUAUUCCACUGAAGUUCUUCUUGAUCGGGGCAAAGGAAAACUCCAAGACAGUGUAGGCUACCGAAUUUCAUCUAAUGUGGAUGUCGUCUUACUGUGGAGGAAUCCUGAUGGCGACGAUGACCAACUGAUCCAAAUCACAAUGAAAGACGUAAAUGUUGAAAAUGUGAAUCAGCAGAGAGGAGAGAAGAGCAUUUUCAAAGGAAAAAAUCCACCCAAAAUCAUAAGAAAGGAAAACUUGGAAGCUUUACAAAGACCUGUGCUCCUUCAUCUAAUCCAUGGAAAGGUCAAAGAGUUCUACUCAUAUGCAAAUGAGCCGGUGGCCAUAGAAAAUCUCAAAAGAGGCCUGGCUAGCCUAUUUCAGAUGCAGUUAAGCUCUGGAACCACCAAUGAGGUGGAUAUUUCUGGGGAUUGUAAGGUGACAUACCAGGCUCAUCAAGACAAAGUGAUCAAAAUUAAGGCCUUGGAUUCAUGCAAAAUAGAGAGGUCUGGAUUUACAACCUCAAAUCAGGUCUUGGGUGUCACUUCAAAAGCCACGUCUGUCACUACCUAUAAGAUAGAAGACAGCUUUGUUAUAGCUGUGCUUGCAGAAGAGACACAUGCUUUUCGGAUGAAUUCUCUACAAACCAUUGCAGGCAAAAUCAUAUCAAAGCAGAAAUUGGAGCUGAAGACCACUGAAGCAGGCCCAAGACUGAUGUCUGGAAAGCAGGUUGCAGCCAUAAUUAAAGCAGUUGAUUCAGAGUACAAGGCCCUUCCCAUUGUGGGACAGGACUUCCAGAGCAAGUGUAAAAGAUGCCCUUCUCUCUCGGAGCACUGGCAGUCUACCAGAAAACACCUGCAGCCUGACAACCUCUCUAAAGCUGAGGCUGUCAGAAGCUUCCUGGCCUUCAUUCAGCACCUCAGGACUGCGACUAGAGAAGAGAUCCUCCAGAUCUUAAAGGCUGAAAACAAGGAAGUAUUACCUCAACUGGUGGAUGCUGUCACCUCCGCUCAGACCUCAGACUCAUUAGAUGCCAUUUUGGACUUUCUGGAUUUCAAAAGUGACAGUAGCAUUAUCCUCCAGGAGAGGUUUCUCUAUGCCUGUGGAUUUGCCUCCCAUCCCAAUGAAGAACUCCUGAGAGGCCUCAUUAGUAAGUUCAAAGGUUCCUUUGCGAGCAACGACAUUAGAGAAACUGUUAUGAUCAUCAUUGGGGCCCUCGUCAAGAAGUUGUGUCAGAAUGAAGGCUGCAAACUCAAAGCAGUGGUAGAAGCCAAGAAAUUAAUCCUAGGAGGACUUGAAAGAGCAGAGAAAAAAGAGGACACCAUGAUGUACCUAUUGGCUCUGAAGAAUGCUCUGCUGCCGGAAGGCAUCCCACUCCUUCUGAAGUUUGCAGAGGCUGGAGAAGGGCCUGUCAGCCACCUCGCUACCACCGCUCUCCAGAGAUACGAUGUCUCUUUCAUAACUGAUGAGGUCAAGAAGACUUUGAACAGGAUAUACCACCAGAAUCGUAAAGUUCAUGAAAAGACUGUGCGCACUACUGCAGCUGCUAUCAUUUUAAAUAACAAUCCAUCCUACAUGGAAGUAAAAAACAUUCUUCUCUCUAUUGGGGAGCUUCCCAAAGAAAUGAAUAAAUACAUGCUCACUCUUGUUCAAGACAUCCUACGUUUUGAAAUGCCUUCAAGCAAAAUGGUCCGUAGAGUUCUGAAGGAAAUGGUUGCUCAUAAUUAUGACCGCUUCUCCAAGAGUGGAUCCUCUUCUGCCUAUACUGGCUACAUAGAACGUACUCCCCAUUCAGCAUCUACUUACAGCCUUGACAUUCUUUACUCUGGUUCUGGCAUUCUAAGGAGAAGUAACCUGAACAUCUUUCAGUACAUUGGGAAGGCUCAUCUUCACAGUAGCCAGGUAGUCAUCGAAGCCCAAGGCCUGGAGGCCUUGAUUGCGGCCACUCCCGACGAGGGGGAGGAGAACCUCGACUCCUACGCAGGCAUGUCAGCCAUCCUCUUUGAUGUUCAGCUCAGACCUGUCACUUUUUUCAAAGGAUACAGUGAUUUGAUGUCCAAAAUGUUGUCGGCAUCUGGUGACCCUAUCAGUGUGGUGAAGGGACUUAUUCUGUUGAUAGAUCAUUCCCAGGAGCUUCAGUUGCAAUCUGGACUAAAGGCCAAUAUGGAUGUCCAGGGUGGCUUAGCUAUUGACAUUUCAGGUGCAAUGGAGUUUAGCCUGUGGUAUCGUGAGUCUAAAACCCGAGUGAAAACUCGGGUGGCUCUGGCAAUAACUGGCAGCAUCACUGUAGACUCCUCUUUUGUGAAAGCUGGCCUGGAGAUCAGCACAGAAACAGAAACAGGCCUGGAGUUUAUCUCCACGGUGCAGUUUUCUCAGUACCCGUUCUUAGUUUGCAUGCAGAUGGACAAGGAUGGAGCUCCACUUAGGCAAUUUGAGACCAAGUAUGAAAGACUGUCCACAGGCAGAGGUUACGUCUCUCGGAGAAGAAAAGAAAGCCUCAUAGCAGGAUCUGAAUUCCCUCUCCACCAAGAGAACUCGGAGAUGUGCAAGGUGGUGUUUGCUCCUGAGCCAGCAAGUACUUCUAGCGGUUGGUUCUGAAACUGAUUGGUGAUGUUUCACUUGAAUCUGUCUUCCCAGAAGGGAUACCAUGUGACAUGCCUGUGUACUUGCUCUCUGAGAGCACAGUGUUUACAUGUUUACCUGUAUUUAAGAUUUUUGUAAAAAGCUAUGAAAAGCCUCCAAUGAUUAAAUGUGGGCCUAUUCGGUA